CACAGUGGACAAGUUUCUAGAAGAAAAGAAUAUAGAUUCAAUGUUCUAUGGAGACUAGAACGUACUUACUGAAGAACAAAGAAACAAAAUAAUUAAUGACAAACCAGCUGAUGGACCUAAAACUGGAAAAAUGUUAAAACUUACUACAUUUCAUUCAAGCGCGAACAAAAUAAAAAUCAAGAAACUUCGCGGUAAACAAACAUCUUUAAUAAUAAUGACCUGUUUUCUGGUUUGUGUCCAAACUCUAGAUAUAAACUCGGCCGUUUGCCGUUGCACAACCAAAUCAAAAUUCGGAAAGCCAUUUGUGGUACUAUGGAAUUCGCCGACAGAAGGAUGCCAUGUGAACUUCCGAGUGAAUAUUGAGCUCGAGAAAUAUGGUAUAUUAACAAACAGCAAUCAGACAUGGAAUGGUGAGGUGAUAACAGUUUUCUACAAUGGACAGUUAGGGUUGUACCCAUAUUAUCGCAAUGAUAACAAAAGUUCAAAGGUUAACGAUGGUUUACCGCAACUCACAAACAUCACACAGCAUCUUCAGAAAGCAUCGCAACAUAUCGUUGAUAAAAUUCCAGUGCCAAUGUACAGCGGCCUCGCGGUCAUCGACUGGGAAGGUUGGAGACCAAUAUGGGAGACAAACUUUGGAAAAAAACAUUUGUACGUUACGGAGUCGAUUGCCUUGGUGAAGAUGGAUGGCCGAGUAAGAAAUAUUAGCACGUUACACGCCGAGGCAAAAAGACAAUUUGAGCAAGCGGGUCGUCAUCUCAUUGUAGAAACCAUUAAAUUAGGACAAAAGCUAAGGCCAAAGGCACUAUGGGGUUUUUAUGGAUUUCCAGAUUGUCAUGGAAACUGCACCGAGCUGAACAAGAAAUGGAACAACCGAUUAACUUGGUUAUACAACAGCACUAAUGCAUUGUUUCCCUCUAUCUAUCUUAUGGACGACUUCUGGGACAACAAUAAAUACGUCGGAGAAAGAUUAAAAGAAGCAUUUAGGGUUUCCAAGAUUGGAAGAAAACCUGGAUAUGAACUACCAGUGUUUCCUUAUCUCCGACCAGUGUAUCACUUUGGAGCUCGAGAUUUCAAAAUGUUGAACGAGGACGACUUAGAGAAUGCAAUUGGUCAAACGGUGGACCAUGGAUGUGCUGGACUAAUAUUAUGGGGCAACCACUAUGACGAAAGUACUUCACAAGAAAUCUGUCUUAAGUAUAAGAACUACGUCAAUAACAAAUUAGGCCCGUAUAUUUCACUUCUUACUGAAGAACUUGAGACUUGUAGUGCAGGGAAAUGCUAUAGUAAUGGCAGAUGUUAUGAUACAGAUAUACUUGAGGGAGGCAAUUUCACUUCUUGCAAAUCAACAGUGAAAUACGGAAGCGUUUUCAAGAUAAAGAGCAAAACUGCAGAUUUCCAAGAGAAACAAUCACAAACUAUGAGCAAGAAAAAGAACAGCAAAAGUCAACGAACCGCUGACAUAAGACAACAAUCUUCACACUUACUGAUUAAUUUAGGAAUAGGUCAUCAAGACCAACCACAAAGAAAAACACCACUGUUCAUUUAAAUAGAACAAAAUCGAGAGGAAAUAAGGCAAAUGACAAUGUCUACAAACCAAGUAAAACAAAAGGCCUGCUAAAUGGCGAUAGUGAUUGGAAUAAGAAUGAGAUUUUAAACCACAUGAAAAAACACAAGAUUAGGAAGCACCACUUCUCAAGCAAUAAAAGUGAAGUGUUGAAAAACCCGAGCGAGGAUGAUUUUGCAAAGGACUUUCAUAGAAACAGCAAGGGCUUUCAAAAUAUUGCUGUUGAUAAAGGGGCGAAAGAUUUCAACAAAACAAAAUACAAAGAAAAAGAACGUACAUCAUACCAAAAACAGAUAACAAAACGUGGCUACUCAGCCAGUGCCAAUGAAGAGAACGCUGUACGUGUCCCAGGAGUUUAUAUUAUACUAAUCACUGUCACUUUGGGUGGAGCUCUACUGAUGACCAUCAUAUAUGUUGCAAUAUAUUAUAUGGUAAAUGUCAGAGGUAGAUCACAUGACUUUGAGUAUGGAUCUGGAGAUGAGGACCCUUUCUCCUUAGAACAGAACAGUCCAUGGUGGAAUGAUGACAAUCCCAAUGAGAAAUUGUUAAAACGUAACAAAUAAUUUAAAGACUUUGCAGGAAACAAUAAGAAUUGUUUAUUUAUGUUAAUAUUUGUACAAAAGGGGGCACCUUAAUUAAUUCUCGUGUAUAUUUGCCUAUUGUGUAGAAAAUUGGCCUAAUAAUAUCCUUGUGUGAACUCCUAACUCAUAGCUCCUUCUGCACAUAGAAAAUUUUUAUAAUAAAUUUUAUGUCACAAGUCAAGAUACUCAUUCCCAUGCUAGGGCAACUUAUUGUCAAUAAUUCUCACAAAAUAAAAUCAAACUAAUUUUAAAUACAUAUAGAUUAAUGUUUGAAUAAAAUCUUGAUUGUCAGUAGCCGCACAAA